GAUACGAUGCCUCAGCACCUCAACCAGGGUUCUCUAUUUCCUCUCGAGGUUGAUCACUCGUUUAUAUUUGUAUAUACCUUAGUCAUUCAGACAUUCGUUCAUUCGGCAGAGCCUGUUCUAUUCUACAAUGCAUUCAAAUCCGCUUCUCACCCUUAGCUUUGCUACCCUAGCCCUUGCGGCCCCAAGCAAAACCAUCAAGCAGCGGGCUAGCUGUACUUUUACUACCACAGACGCACUGUCCUCGGGCAAGAGCUCCUGUACAGACAUCGUGCUAGAUGGGAUCACCGUUCCCGCCGGAGAGACUCUUGACCUGACUAAACUGACCACCGGAACCACCGUCACAUUCCAAGGCACCACUUCUUUCGAAUACGAGGAAUGGGAGGGCCCUCUUAUCAGCGUCUCUGGCACUAGCAUCACCGUGAAAGGUGCCACUGGCCAUGUCAUUGACGGCAAUGGCUCACAAUGGUGGGAUGGAGAGGGCAGCAACGGAGGCAAGACCAAGCCGAAGUUCUUCUAUGCUCAUAGCUUGACCUCUUCGACGAUCACCGGUCUCAAUGUUAAGAACACGCCGGUCCAAGGCUUCUCCGUCAACGGUGCGAACGAUCUCACCCUAGAUAGCAUCACCAUCGAUAACUCCGCCGGUGAUUCCGCUGGUGGUCACAACACGGAUGCCUUUGAUGUCGGUUCGUCUGACGGAGUGAAGAUUAUCAACGCCAACAUCAAGAACCAAGACGACUGUCUCGCUAUCAACUCGGGCAGCAACAUCGAGUUCACCGGAGGCACAUGCUCAGGUGGCCACGGACUGAGCAUUGGCUCAGUUGGUGGUCGUGACGACAAUGAUGUUAGCAACGUUAUCAUCUCCAACUCCAGCAUCCUCAACUCGCAGAACGGCGUGCGCAUCAAGACAGUGUACGACGCCACUGGUUCCGUUAAGAACGUCACCUACUCAGAUAUCACUCUGAACAACAUCACUAGCUAUGGUAUUGUCAUCGAGCAAGACUAUGAGAACGGUAGCCCGACCGGCACUCCUACCACCGGUGUUCCGAUCACCGAUUUGACUCUAAACGGCGUUACUGGUGCCGUUGCGGCAAGUGCCACGGAUGUGUAUAUUCUCUGCGGUGACGGAUCUUGCAGCGACUGGACUUGGACGGACGUGAACGUCACUGGAGGCAAGACAAGCACCAAGUGCUCUAAUAUCCCCACAGGUGCAACCUGCUAAGCUGGAAAUUACAUAGCUAGACCGAUACAUUCCGUAACCUACGAUGAAAAUAAAACCUCAGAUUGAAUCAA